CAAAUUAUAUUAUUUUAACUUAAGCUCUUUAUUAUUAGUUUAUGUUAUUUUUGAACAUUUUUUGAAAUAUGUGUGGUGUCAUCACAGCACAGAUGGCUGAGUCCAAAGAGCAGACGGCAUGAACUAGAUCAUAAGCGAACUAUAUGACUCGAUUAAUAAACAUAAAUUUAACAACAAUUGUUAUUGCAUAUUUCGCUUACUUUUUUAAUUAAAUUUAUAAACGAGUCAGUCAAUUAAGCAUUGUAUGGCAUAGAGGGCAACUCUAAAGCAUUAUUCACGCAUAACAACAAAGACAAACUGCUGUUUUCUUCUUGCGGAUUGCAGCGAAAUUCCGGCAAAACUGGCUCACAACAGCAGUAGCAUGCGGCGCAACAAUUAUCCCUACCAGCCGCUCAAUCAACAGCCAGCAGCGCCAAGUGGACACGAUGCCUUGGAAGCGGAAAACGAACGAGCUGCUGAGGAGCUGCAACAGAAGAUUGGCGCCCUGAAGUCGCUGACCAUUGAUAUUGGGAAUGAGGUACGGUAUCAGGAUAAACUGCUGCGCGGCAUUGACGAUGACAUGGAUCGUACCAGCGGUUUCCUCGGCAACACAAUGACGCGAGUUGUGCGUCUGGCCAAACAGGGUGGGGGAUCCAAGCAAAUGUGUUACAUGUUCCUCUUUGUGCUCUUUGUGUUUGUGCUCCUCUGGCUGACGCUGAAGUUUAAAUAGUGUUUGAUUCAAAUAUACAUAUAUAUAUAUAUAUUCUAUUUCUAUACGAAUUCUCUGUGGUUUAUUCAAGAGUUCUUUGCGAAUUUUCUACCAAUGCUUAAGUUAUACAAAUAUGUUUAAAUAUCCUUAAUCCUGGUUAUCUUAAGUCUGAAACCAGUGCUUAAUGAAGACGAGAACCAGUUAGAUUUUAGACGCAUUUUGAACUAUAUGUUGAGAUAUAUCUAUAAAUGUUUAUUAAUAGAAUGGUCCAGCUUGAGUUGAUCUUAAAUCGAAGAAUAUACAAAUUAUAAUAUUCUACAAUUCUACACUGCGAACCUUUAGUAGACUAACUUUUAGACAAUACAUAGUACUAUGUAUUUAAGAUACUUACAAAUUGCAUAUUCUGUAUAUAUAGUGAGAGUACAAAAUAACACACAUUAAGGUAGACGAGGGGAUCUAGAUUUGGUGGGGAUUGGGCCUAUAUGCUUUGGACUUAGGUAGUAAUGAUUAUGAUAACACGCCGUCGCAUUGAAGAUUUCCGUGUUUCGGUUUUGAUUGUUUCAUUUUGUUGUGGUUUUGGUUUACGACGCCAGCGCGGACAUUAUUGCGAUGCCAGGCAAACGCUAUGCAUGAAAUGUUUUCAACUUUUUACUCCGUCUGCUAAAAUCUGAUUGUUCCAGAGCAUCCUCCACAUCACUAAGGUCAUCACCACUCAAGAAUUCCGAUCCAUUCGAGGGGUUCCCUUCUAGUCGUCGUACUGUAAAAGAAAAGGUAAUUUAAAUAUUUCUUUUACUAAGAGAAACUUGUUGGAAAUUUACUCUGUUCAUCGAGGAUACUGUUCUGUUUCUUAAUGUCCUCGAUGUCCUUUUGAUUUUCACUUAUCUUCCGCCUUAACGUUUGUAUGCAUUCGGUGGUCUUCUUAAGAAUCUGCGCUCUGCUGGCCUGAAAUGAAAAUAACGAUCAUUAGUAAAAAUGCCAAGGCUAAGUUUAAACAUAGAAAAAGUAUUUGAAUUCUAUAAUUUAAUGAGCUUUUAUAGCUGUAGCUUUAAUGAACAUAUAACUUUCUAUCACAAUUUCAAUUCAAAAUAAUUUUUGUUAUAAUUUAACUAAAUAUAUCUUAAUUUCCGACUCACCUUUUCGCCCUUUAACGUUGGCACUGCUUCACGAAGAUUGGUAAAACUCUCCUUGAUGUGAUCACGUCUUCUUCUUUCCAAAGCAUUGUGAUGCGCUCGUUU